GCUUCUUCUUCUUCUUCAACUUCUUCUUUCCUUCCUCGCUCUUCUUUGCUGUGACCAUUUGCUACUCGCGUUGCUUGUUUGACAAUGGACGUUAGCACUGCGGGCGGUCCGCUGCUGAUCGUUCAGGAUGAGCUCGGUCUCCGCGUUCAGCGCCAAUUCUACCUCUUCCUCAACUCUUUCGAUCCCGAGAACACGGGGACGCCCAUCUACUUGACAAUGUGCCGCUCUAUUGUCAAUGAGGAGCACAACACGCUGCACGUCGACUUCCAGCACAUCAACCGAUACUCGACACAGCUUGCCGAAGCCAUUCGCCAGGAUUACUACAGGUUUGAUCCGUUCCUUCGAGCUGCCUUGCUGCAAACCUUGCAAAACGAAAACCUGUCACCCCCGGAUGCGUCGUCCGACUCGAUCUGGGUGGCGUUGCACAAUCUGGGCCAUGUUUUCAAGCUUCGCGAUCUCAAAGCAACUCGCAUCGGGCAUCUUGUCUCGAUUCUCGGCACGGUUGUGCGCACGUCGGAAGUUCGUCCCGAGCUUGUGAUUGGCACAUUCCGGUGCUUGGAAUGCGGCCAUGUCAUCAUGAAUGUAGUUCAGCAAUUCAAGUACACAGAGCCAAUGGUCUGCCCGGUACCCAACUGCGGCAAUCGCGAACGCUUCCAUUUGAUGGCUGAUCGCUCCCGCUUUGUCGACUGGCAAAAGAUUCGCGUCCAAGAAAACUCGAGCGAAAUUCCUUCGGGCGGCAUGCCUCGCUCCUUGGAUAUCAUCCUUCGCAAUGAAAUGGUUGAAAUUGCAAAGCCCGGUGAUAAAGUGCUGUUCACGGGCACGCUCGUCGUUGUUCCAGACGUGUCCCAGCUCUCGUCUGCGGGCGGUCGUGUCGAAGCGUCGUCGCGAAACAACAGUCGGUCCAAGGACGGUUACACGACCGAUGGCGUCAUGGGUUUGAAGUCACUCGGUGUGCGUGAUCUCACUUACAAGCUCUCCUUCCUUGCCUGCAUGGUGACUCCAGGCGACGUCAAGAGCGGUCAAAUCAACAUUCGUGAAGGCGCCUUGUCCAUGCUUCAGGAUUUGACGCCCCAGGAGCAUUUGACACUUCGGCAGAUGCGUGAAAACCGCAACUUUUUCGCGUCGGCUGCCAGGUCUCUUGUCCCGACAGUGCAUGGGCACGAUGAUUUGAAGCGCGGCAUUCUAUUGAUGCUCGUGGGUGGCGUGCACAAGACAACGACCGAGGGCAUGAAAAUUCGCGGCGACAUUAACGUUUGUAUUGUCGGCGACCCCGGCACAGCCAAGAGUCAAUUCCUCAAGUAUGUUGUCGAAUUUCUCCCGCGUGCCGUGUACACUUCGGGCAAGGCUUCGUCGGCGGCUGGUUUGACCGUGUCGGUUGUCAAAGAUGAGGAGACCAAGGAGUUUGGCAUCGAAGCCGGCGCGCUCAUGCUGGCCGACAACGGCAUUUGCUGCAUUGACGAGUUCGACAAGAUGGACAUCAAGGACCAGGUUGCCAUUCACGAAGCCAUGGAACAGCAGACCAUUUCCAUCGCAAAAGCCGGCAUUCACGCAACCCUCAACGCUCGUACCUCCAUUCUCGCGGCUGCAAAUCCCGUGGCUGGCCGAUAUGACAAGUCUCGGUCUCUCAAGGCCAACGUGGACAUGACUCCGGCUAUCAUGUCGCGCUUUGACCUCUUCUUUGUGGUGCUCGACGAGUGCAACGAAGUCACCGACUACAACAUUGCUCGCCACAUUGUCAACAUGCACCAGCUUGGUCAAGUUCAGAGUCUUCCCGAAUACUCGCUCGAGCAGCUGCAAUUGUACAUCAAGCUUGCGCGUUCUGUGCGCCCAUAUCUUAACGAGGAGAGCCAGCACCUUCUUGCCAAGAUGUACCGCACAUUACGACAGAACGAUUCGGGCGGCAAUCAAUCCUCGUACCGCAUCACAGUCCGACAACUUGAGAGCAUGAUUCGACUUGCCGAAGCACUUGCCCGCUUGCAUUUUUCAGAAGAGAUUGAGCCUCGUCACAUUGUCGAAGCGGAGCGCUUGUUGCGCAUUUCCAUCAUUCACGUCGAGAAUGCCGACAUCCGGCUUGAUACGCCUUUCGAUAGCGGCAAUGGCGGCGACGAUGGAGACGACGGCACUGCUCCGGAUGUCUCGUCGCAGCCCGCAGGCCAGCAGCAAGCACAAAACGCCAAGCCAACCACUGUCGACUACGAAAAGUAUCUUCGUGUGACGCAAAUGCUUGUGACGCGACUACGACGACGGGAAGAACACGAUGAAAACGAUCCUGGCUUGAAGCAGUCUGAACUGAUCAACCAAUACCUCGAGGAAAUCGAGGCUGAACUUCACAGCGAAGCUGACCUCAUUGCUGAACGCAACCUGGUUUCGCUCAUUAUUCGACGACUUGUGAAUGAAGACAAAAUUCUGCUCGUUGUAAGCACGUAUGAUGAAGCGAAUCGAGUAGUCGAACUGCCGGAGGAUGAUCGUGUGCUCGAAGUUCAUCCCAACUAUGUGGUCCCAAGUUGAACACCGAUUGUCUCAUCAUACAGUGGGAGAGAGUAAUUUUGGCUGUGUGUGUGUGUGUGUGUGUGUGUUUUGGUGCCUGUCGCUUUUUUUUUUCCAUUCGCUUUCAGUACAAGA